AUGACGACAACGGAAAUGCCAGCGAUGGCGGACUUGGCCGAGGAAGUCACCAAUGACAGCACAGCCCUGGGGCAUGGAAUGCCGGAUAAACGACGCGGAAGCGAGUUCAGGGGGCUUGAGGUGCAUAAACCGACCAAGUUUGGCACUUCUUGGACACCGGUUCGGAUCUAUUGGUUCUUAGCGCAGGAUCUUUUCGAUAGACUGACCGAUUGA